AUGUCACAACAAGCGAUUACAAAGAAGCGUAAAGCUAUUCAGGAUGGACUUUUCAAGGCGGAAUUGAACAACUUUUUGAUGAAGGAACUCGCCGAAGAUGGAUAUUCUGGUGUUGAAGUGCGUCGUGCUCCUUCCCGUACUGAAGUCAUUAUUAUGGCGACACGUACCCAAAGUGUUCUUGGAGAGCGUGGCAAACGAAUUCGUGAAUUGACUGCUUUGGUUCAAAAACGUUUUGGAUAUGCUUCUGGACAAAUUGAGCUUUAUGCCGAAAAGGUAUCCAGUCGUGGUCUAUGUGCUGUUGCUCAAUGCGAGUCUCUUCGUUAUAAGUUGGUUGGUGGUCUUGCAGUUCGACGUGCUUGUUAUGGAGUUCUUCGUUUUAUUAUGGAAAGCGGUGCUCGUGGAUGUGAAAUUGUCGUCUCCGGAAAAUUGCGCGGUCAACGUGCAAAGGCUAUGAAAUUCGUCGACGGGGUCAUGAUUCACAGCGGUAAUCCAGUCACCGAAUAUAUUCAAGAGGCUGUGCGACACGUCCAAAUGCGUCAAGGUGUUCUCGGAAUCAAAGUCAAAAUCAUGUUACCACAUGAUCCGCGUGGACAGCAAGGACCCCGCAACCCGUUGCCUGAUAACAUUUCGGUUUUGGACCCUCCAGUUGAAUCUGUUCCGCAGCAGCCAUAUUCUGAACACAAAGAAUCCCCAUUGCAGCAACAACAACAACAAGCUUCAUAUCCAAUGCCAACCCAUGAAUUGGCUCCUAUUGGUGUAGUUAGUCAGCAGCAACAGCAGGGAGGUGGAGGUGGUGCUGAAUGGUGUGGGUUUUAA